UUCAGGUCAUCAAAUAUAAAAGCAACAACUGUACGGACACUUACGCUGAAGAAGAGGUCACUUUUCCUACCCGCCAUGCAACCUCGUUCAUCAAAUAUAAAAGCAACAAAUUUAUGGACACUUAUGCUGAAGAAGAGGUCACUUUUCCUACCCGCCAUGCAACCUCGGGACAAACUACAGGAGGCCUUAAUGUGCUACACCAAAGAUACACUCAGCUACAUUAACAUAGUUACAGAAUUCUGUGAGGACCUCCCUCAAUGGACCAAAGCAAGGAGGACAGAGCUGACGAAGAUAAAGGACGACUUGACUGCUGUGCUAAAGGACACUCUGGGAGGCCUGAAGAAGCUGGACUGCUUCCUGGAUGCAGUGGAGAAGCUGGCGGUCACCUCACUUCAUGUGUUCAAGAAGGAGAAUCAAGUGUUACAGCUGCCCAGAGGGAUCAGCUGUGAACAGGUUCAGGUUGUCAUCUCUUCUGCACGGCAAAUCUGCCCACUCCUCCUCAAGUUUAAAAGAGAUGCAAGUGUCUUCUUCCUUCCCAAACUUCAGAACGUGGAAGUGCUGUCAUAUCAGCUGGACAAAUACAUUGAGACCACCCAGAGCAUCUGUGACAAGUUAGAGAAAAGUGAUUUUCCCUUAAGAAUGACAACAGAAACGACGUUAGACCUCGAUGUGGAUUUGUCUGAAGAUGACAUACAAAGGAUGCUUCAUCACAUUAAUCAGCUUGAAAAAAUCAGGAUGGACCAGGACUUCCGGAUGGUGUUCUUGUUUCAGGGGAAAUCAUGUUCUGUUUUCACCAGUGAGUUCAGAAAGCGACAGCCCGAGAUGCUGCAGUUUCUGCACAAGCUGGAGGAGUGUGCUGUUCAGCUAGACAAGAUGAAUAAGGGGGCAAAGAUCUCCAGUGUGGCAGGCAGCUCAGUGGGGGCAGUUGGAUGUGUGCUUUCAUUAGUUGGUUUGGCAUUAAUUCCUUUCACAGCAGGAGGGUCCCUAUGUCUGUUAAUAGGUGGGACAGCGCUGGGAAUUACCAGUGGGGUCAACAGUGUUGUCACCACAGCCACAGAGAUCGGAGUAAACUAUACAAAACAAAAGAUAGCCAGUGACGUCUUCCACAGCUUCAUGAAGGAUGUGCAGGUUCUCCAGGAUUGUCUGGAGGACGUGACCAGUCAAACAGUCCCCAAUGUAGAACCAAGUAUGAAAGAUGUGGGUAAGGGAGCAGCCAUGCAGGGUGUUAAAGUUGGUGGUAUUGUGCAAAAAAGCACUAAACUGAAGAAUGAUGUUGACGCUGCUGCUAAGCUGAGGAGAGUUGAAGAGCUGAUUACAAGUGCUGGCAAGGCAGGUAAAACAUUACGUAAUGUGCCCAGGACAGCCUCAGAAAUCUCAGAUAUCGGUCAGGUAGCAGUCAAAGGGUCACUUGCACUCUCCAAAACAGCCAGGUUCUGUGAAAUCGCAGCCAGUGGUCUUUUCCUUGGCCUAGAUAUCUACGCCAUCUGUACAGACAGCAUCAGUCUGGCCAAAGGCAGCGAGACUGAAGUCUCACAGCUCAUCAGAGCCAGAGCUGCACUUUGGAGGUCAGAGAUUGAGUCAUGGCAAAAGAUCCAUGACUCCCUGUGCAAAGGUCAGCUGACAUCAGAGGAAAAACGAGCUGUCCUGGAGACGCCCUUUUAGCCUGAGAUGAAGAAAAAUAACGCUCAGUGUGCCAUUUUCCUAGUCUUUGAACUAGAUUUAGAUGCAUUUUAUAUAAAAAUCCUGCACACAGCAGAAAUUGAUCCCUGAUCAUCAUUCCAGCAUCUUUCAGAAAUUCUUACUUAGCUGUGAUUCUUAUUAUGUAAACCAUUUCACUCUUAAA